UCCAGGAGCACGGAAUUUUUGGAGAUCAGGCUGUUCUAAUACAUGUCUUACCGUAGGUCUUCAGAAUCUCCUCUACUGGUUGGGUCAAAUCUAGACAGGGUGAAAUAGCAUUUAGUCAUUAUGCUGCAAAAUGCUGGAACCAUUUUCCUGUCCAAAUUAAAUCUGCCCCAACAGUAGGCCUAUCUUGUUUUAGAAAGAAAUGAAAAACAUCUUUAUUCUUUUCUGCCUUUGUUGAUAGUUAUCUCUACAGUAUAAACUAUAGUUUGUUUUUCUUCAAUUUUCUCUUUCUCUAAUCUUUAGCACAUUGAAUGACAAUUAUGUAUGAUAAUGUGCCAUAAGUCAUUUUGAUUGAUUGAUUGAUUGAUUGAUUGAUUGAUUGAUUGAUUGAUUGACUGAUUGACUGAUUGACUGAUCUGCAGGUCUACUUGCCUCCUUGUAACAUAGAAAGUUACUUCUGGCAGUAAUGCAGAAUAGAUACCUGAAAAUCAGACUCUGAUGGCAGUCAUUACAAUAGUCUUCAUGUGAUAUUAAGCACCUGGGCUGGUUGGUACUGUAGAUGUCAAGAGCCCUGUUUAAAAUCUGUUGCACCCAUAUUAGAACAUGUGUUUCUUUUGUUUCAGACAUGUAAAAGUUUUUAUAUUUUACCUGACAUGUUUCGAUGGUGAGACUUCUGUCUUCAUCAGAGGGUCACAUGGAUGUUGAAGUGUGACUUGCUUUAAACCAGCUGAUGUUGUGGAGGAAUGUCACACCUCCACAAUAUCAGUUGGUCAAAAACUGUACUUCUUCCAAUUAUUUAUUGCCGUUCAAGUUGUAGACAUCCAUUGAGUAGCUUGAAAUUGUACAGAGGGGAGUACUAAACAGCCAGAGGUGAGAACAUUUGUUUUCAUUACCCAUCGAGACUAGACAGAAGAGUGAAACCCAAGCAGCCCUUUUCACCCGUUAUUACAAAGGAAUUCGCUUUUUAAUCCACAGACAUUUUUGGGGUGAUUUAGAGAAUGCAUGGAACUAUUGGAACGCUCUAUUCAUGCCCUUUCCAAUGGUAGGUUUAUGACAUUUGUUGCGCUGCCACCUUUUCUUCAGAUUCAAGAAUUUCCACCCAUCAGAGUAAACCUGAUGGGACCUGUUAUUAUGAAUUCAAAAGGUUCUGGCAAAUCUCAUGUCCGUGAAAAAGAUAGAGUCCUCUUUCAAACGAUAUGCCUGCAUCUGCCACAAUCAGGUAAUUGGAGUGCUUCUGAGUCUUCACCUCUUUCCCUUGGUGCUCAUCAGUGUAGGGGCUCUCAAUAAGGUAAUCAUGUGACCUGCUAAUCAUGUGACUUGUGUCAUGUGACCAACCUGAUUGUUUUAAAAAGUAGCAUACAGUACAUGCGACCUGCUCUUGAUGCGCUCUGAAGAAGGCCAUAAGGGUCGAAACACGUAGGCAUUGUAGCCAAAUAAAAAAAAGUAAAAAAAAAAAUUGCAACCUUGAGCCUCAGCAUUUGUCUACCUGGACCAUGCCCGCAUCUGCUUUUGCAUGCAUGAAGCACAUAGGCUCAUUGGGGGGUUGGAUUCUGAGCAGCAUCUCACUAAGGGAGUAAAUCAGUGCAAUAGCACAGUGGCUAUUAUUGAUGCUAGAGGUGUCUGUUCGUACGCAUGUCAUGCGUCAUCGCUGCUUCAAAGCUCGCAAGUUGAUGUGUGCUGAAGGACUGUGGGUGGAUUCCAAUCUGCGGACUUCCGUCCUCCCUUGCUCACUUGCCUGCUUGUGACCUCAUGAUGAUGUCACUGACGACAGAAAAUGUAUUCAUUUUCUUGCAAAAGCACAAUUCUAAUGUAAUUUUCUCAUUUGCAAUUGGAUGGUGAAUGAAAAACAAUCCCUCAAAAGUUGUUGUGGCUAGGCUGACAGCCGGGAAACGUUAUUGUCUUAUCCACGGAGGAGGGGCCAGAAGGCGGGGCGAGGCCACAAGCACAAGUGGAGGACGGGAGUGUGCAUAUUGGAAUGUACCCUGUGUGUUGUGGUGUGUGCUGUGCUGUUUUCCUUAAUGGGUGUUUUUUUACAGAUGAAGAGUCACUCCGCUGGCUUUGGAUUCACACCAAGUGCAGAGUACAAAACACAAUAAUGUUGUUUACCACCUUCAAAGCAGUUGCUUCUGCCAAAGAGCUCCAGCAGUCUGCAGCUCAAGGAAUUUGCUCGCAAGAACGCCGCCAACGUGCUGUCUGUGGCCAACAUGCUGAUGGGAAUGUCUUCCAUCUUGAGCAGUCUGAAUGGGCACCAGUAUGCUGCCUGCUGGCUGGUCCUUAUUGGUUACCUUCUGGAUCUGGCUGAUGGGGCGGUUGCCAGGAGACUCAAUGCCUGCUCUGCACUGGGCUCCCGUCUCCACGGUGAUCCAUGGAAGGACCGUAUAUCCUCCCAUCGGAGAUGGAGGUGCUAAGCUUGAUGACUUUGCAGAUUUCACCACCUUUGGGAUUGCCACCUCAUUGCUCUUGAGGACUGAGAGCCUCCUCGACAACAUACUGUGCAUGUGCUACGUCCUGUCGGUCUUCACACGGCUCUGCUUCUUCUCAAGUGGAAUCCCCUUCAUGUACCGCGGCCUGCCCUGCAUCUACUCCUCCGCCAUCUUGGCCUGCGUCUCGCUGCUGUGCGGUGGCAACAUCGUGGCCCUGCGCAUCACCGCUGUGGCCAUGAUCCUCUUCAUGAUCAGUCACAACUUCUACCCCCACGACCGUGUGCUGGAGUCGCAGGCCUGGAAGAAAGUCAUUUACGCAGGAGGUGUGGCCAUGGUGUUCUGCUCCUCAUUUCCACCAGCCUGUGUCUACUACCUGCUGUGGUCCAUGUCCUACAUCCUCUUCCCUACCUCCCUCUGGAGCUGCAAGGUGUAAUGGGAGUGCUGACCAUUUAUUGAACUCAGGCUGUGGAAGAAAGGCCCCAAGAUGACUAAGGCCCAAUCUCAAUUCACCCCUUGGCCCUACCCCUUACCCCUCCCCUCCGUUUUGUGUAGGGGUAGGGGUAUCCCAAUAGUUGUUAAGGCAGAGGGGUAUAGGUAAGGGGGAGGACUUUGUAGCCCUCAAAAAUGAGGGGUUCGGCCAGGCAGACUCCGUUUGGAGGGGUAAGGGGUAGGGGUAAGGGGUGAAUUGAGAUUGGGCCUAAGCAUGGUGGCCAUUCACAUCUUCUGCUUGUUGCCAUGGAGAAUCCAAACUAUGUCUCAGUACCUCAGGCUUCUGGGAGGAAGAGGUGGCCUCGUUUGACCCCUGUCUGUUUCUCUUCAGUCUGACGACACCAAGCCACAACCCCUGAAGGUCUGCUAUUGAGGCGUUCAUGGGCAUUUUUAAAAUCUUCCGUCACUACUUCUUUAUAUUUUUUUCUGUGAAAAUUCCAUCUAUUGAUUGCCUGAGAGACAUGCAUGCACUAGUGCCUCCGAUGGUCUCAUCCAUCGUGAUAGCUAUACACUGUACUAGAGUGAUUGGGAGGAAGAAAGGAAAGGGUGAAGGGACAUGCAGUGGUGUAGUCUACGUAGAACGCGGGUAUAUGGAGUAAACCCACUUCAAAAUUUCAGGGAUUUCAGUAUACCCACUUAAAAUUGAUUGAUCCAUUCAUUUGAAUAGCACAAAUAUAUACGGUAUACCCACUUCCAAAAAUGCUCAAAUAUACAGUAUGCCCACUAAUAAAAAGUAGACUACACCACUGGGGACAUGGACAUGUUGUAGAGGUAUGCACUGAGAAUGGUAUGCAAAAUUGAAACUUACCUGAAGUCUUUUCACUAGCAGAGUGAAGAGAUACAGUAGAUACACAGUUUGCUGUGAGUUUCCAUCAUUUACAGCAGUGGUUCUCAAACUUUUUGCGUGAAGUACCCCCUGAGAAAAUAUUGAGCUCUCCAAGUACCACCUUGACAACCAACAUUAGAAUAUCGCAGUAAAGGCUUUCCAUAUUCACUUUUGCCAGUCAAUACAGGAGAGGUUCAUAAUGGCAUUCCAAGUACCACCAGAUAUGUCUCAAGUACCACCAGUGGUACACGUACCACAGUUUGAGCACCACUGAUUUACAGUAUUAAAUGUUCAAAAAAUAUAACUACUUGUGUUUAUGUACAUAUACCAAACAAUUUCAUUGUGCAAUGAUGUGUUUAUUCCCACAUUCAGAUUGUGCUGUGGACCAAGGAAGAAUGAGAUAAUUGUUAAGAUUGUACAGACUUGUAAUGAUGGUGAGGGAUUGCCUGUGUGUGUGAGUGAGUGAGUGAGUGAGUGAGUGAGUGAGUGAGUGAGUGAGUGAGUGAGUGAGUGAGUGAUAGAGGUGCUCCGAUUGCUCGGCUGCCGAUCAUGACCGGCCGAUAAUGGCCAAAAAUAGCCUGAUCGGUGAUCGGAAAAACAUGCCGAUCAAAAAACCGAUCGAGAGAUAUUAAAUUCCUCACGCAACCAUUUUGCCUUUACACCUGGCGCUGCAUGUAGGCGCUGGCUCUGCACAGCUGCAACUGCACCAAAAGAAGGCAUCUUUGCUUGUCUAUAACUUUUCGGCAUUCCCCCCUUCAUUUCCACCAUUCAUAACCAUAUCUGCAUCAACAAUGAUCUGAUUUUCCGAUCCAUGCGCCGUUUAUCUGACAAUGUAAUUUGCGAUUGAGUACUCGCCAGUGAGCCAUUUUACGUUAUAACCUGUGUUGCCUCGGUCAGCACGCGACAACUUCACGUUGUCAGCACAAACAUGUCAAUUAUUGUUUUCAAAUUUGUAAUUGGCAGUCAGUCGAUUAGUUUGAUAGUCGCUGAAACACCAAACGGCGACAGAUGUGGUUAAAACUUGAGAGAGAGAUUCAGAACGGUAGUGGAGCACUGCAUCUGUGGACGGUGACAGAGAGGGGAGGGGCUCUCCUCACGAGGCUGCUCAUUUAAAGCGACAGGUUGUUUUUUUUCUCUUAUAUGGAAGACU